AUGUCUGGAACUUCUUUAUUUCUUUUUACCUUCAACUGUGGUAAGAACCGCCAACCCGUUGAGGCAAUUCAACAUGCAGUUCAAAAAGCUUUAAAACCAGAAACCUCUUCAGCUGCUGCUCCGCCGCAGGUCCUAAUUUUUGGCUUUGAAGAAGUCACGUCUAUUCUUGAUGCCAGUUUUGGUCUUUUGUCAGAUCAUCUUGCACCAAUUACUCUCGGAAUUUCUGCUGGUAUUAAGUCCAUAUACCCAAGUACAGAAGCAUUAUAUGUGCAGGCCGCUCGCUCACAACUCGGAGCUAUUGCAACUAUUGUUUACGUUUUGGACUCAAGCACUAUUCCAGGUGCAAUUCCGCUGGAAACCAUUUCUUCCAGUACCGCUGGAACGCGUCGCGGAUACGGGUACUCGUCACUUAAAGGUGCUGCAGGUGUCCGUAUAUCACUCAAGCCUAAGGGCGACUCAUCGUCAACUCCACAGGAAUUCACAUUUGUCAAUGCCCAUUUAGCAGCCAACGAGGGUCAUUUGUUGACGCGCAAUGCGGACUUUGACGGCAUUGUCACAUCUCUUGGAUUUUCUGAUGGUUAUGGCGCCUAUAAGCCGCAGAGUCAUCUUUUUUUUAUGGGCGACCUUAACUAUCGGGCCACGCGUGCAGCCGAGCCCACUGAACGUGCCCUUCUAGAAGCAUCCGAGACCGCCGGCCAUGAUGAAGAUGGUGCACCACUUGAUAGCGACCGCUACUACGAUGUUUUAAAGCGAACAGACGAGCUCUUUCACGUUUUACAAACUCAUCAAAGCUUCUAUGGAUUUGAAGAGGCCCCUGUAAAUUUCCCACCAACUUUUAAGUAUAUCGAGGGCACUAUUGGGACUUUCAACCAAAAGCGCACUCCGUCUUGGUGCGAUCGCAUUUUAUAUCUUCCUUAUAAGUCGCCUGCUCAGAUCGUUAGUUACGCGUCUCUGCCUUCAGUCCUAACUUCUGAUCAUAAGCCUGUGUACCUGCGCAUUAAUGUCCCGCCAACACCACCACAACCUGUAUUUGAACCCGAACCCGGUGCUCCUAAACGCCUUUUGCUUCUGCCAGAAUAUUCUCCUGCAGCCACCCGUGCAGUACCACAAACCGGUGCUCCUGCUGUUGCUCCUAUCCGUGUGUCACUUGGUCUCGGCGACCAUGCAGGGUACUACAAUGGCGUUGGAUGGACCGCCGAUAUGGCCAUUGGAUGGUCUUUAUAUCUGGUAAACACUCCAAGGGGUCGUAUUUAUGCCGGGCUCUUUCUGGUGGCACUUUUUGCACUUUACUUGAUUUUAUAA